GUAGAUGCCAAAACGCGGCGCUCUGAGAUCUGCUCGAGAAAUUGCUCGAGAGGCGAAAGCCGUUUACAUCCGCGGAGGGAGCCAUCGGCGGCGGGAAGAAGAACAACAAGAAGCGUGCCACUGUGCCCAUGCCCGCCAAUAACAAGUGCUGCAUCGCUGCGACGUCACAGACGAACAUCGGUGGAUGCACCAGCGGCGUCCACACGCGUAACAAGGUCUCUCAUUCCUGCCACAAGCGGGUGUGCAAGAUGCACAGCAGUGCGGUCGAGUACGAUGGGUUCAACGAGGUGGUCCAGAUCAUCCUCAAUGUGGCCAAACGCAUGGGUAUGCUGUCGGAGCACAACUUCAUCUGCCUCAACUGCAUCAGACUCGCACUCAUUCAAGUGAGAUGGAGGAUGAUCACAUGGAUGGAUGAGCGGGCGGGUAUCUGUGGUGUGGUGUGGAUGUGUGGUGUGUGGGUCAGGUGUUGAAGACCAGAUGCGAGAACAACGCCGACAAGGGCCUCUGCGAGAAGUGCACCAACCAAGAGCUGGUGGCCCAGUACCACACCAACGUCAACAACACAGGAGUCAACAACAACGCCAACAACGCACGCGCCAACAAUGCAGCGGCUGCCAUGCAAUUGGGCUGAGCAGUUUGCGUGUAGCUUGAGAGAGGAGAGAGAGGGAGAGGAGAGAGAAACGUUCGCACGGGG